AUGAAGAAUUUUUCAUUUCCUAUGCAGGAUAAUACACAUCAGACCGAGAGUCCUUCUUCUCACAGAUUCCUGAGUUUGACAAAUCAGUCAGAUCCUGUUGGAAGACCAGAACGAGAUGAGCAAUUAGCUCAAGUAGAGAUUGCUGUACUGGGGGUCAUAUUUUUGACAGCGUCUGUGGGCAAUAUUAUUCUCAUACUGGUGUUGUGGCGAAGAAGAAAGAAGCUCUCUAGGAUGUAUGUGUUCAUGCUUCACCUCAGCAUUGCUGACUUAGUGGUAGCCUUUUUUCAAGUGCUGCCUCAACUCAUAUGGGAUAUUACAGAUGUUUUCAUAGGGCCAGAUUUCUUGUGCAGGAGUAUCAAGUAUCUACAAUUGCUAGGCAUGUUUGCCUCUACUUAUAUGAUAGUGGUCAUGACAGUGGACAGAUAUCAAGCGGUUUGCUACCCUAUGGUCACUUUCCAAAAGAAGAGAGCUCUCUGGAACAUCCCCAUUUGCACCAGCUGGUCUAUAUCACUGUUUCUUAGCUUACCGCAGGUAUUUAUCUUUUCUAAGACUGAAAUAUCUCCAGGAAUUUUUGAAUGUUGGGGUGAAUUUAUUCAGCCAUGGGGCCCAAGGGCAUAUGUGACUUGGAUUUUUGUAGUUAUAUUCUUCAUUCCCUCAGUCAUCCUCAUCACGUGCCAGGUUAAGGUUUGCAGAAAAAUCAAAAGAAAUAUGUAUGUCAAAAACCAGAACGAAUAUGAAGUAACAAAUCAGAAGCAAGUCCUGCCAUCCCGAGCAAGCAGUGUGAACUGUAUUUCAAAGGCUAUGAUCAAGACUGUAAAAAUGACAGUGGUGACAGUUGUUGCAUACAUUCUCUGUUGGUCACCUUUCUUCAUUGCACAGCUGUGGUCCGUGUGGUUCCCCAGUGUCGUGACAGAAGGUCCAGCAUUCACCAUUAUCAUGCUCCUUGGCAAUUUAAAUAGCUGUACCAACCCUUGGAUUUACAUGUAUUUUUGUGGCCACAUUCCAUAUUGCACAAAUAAACAGGUAGAGAGCACCUCGGCUCAAGAGGAGUCGGCAAUCACGGGAAGCAUUCAUCUUGUGGACAGAGACCCUGAGGAAAACAGUACUGCUGCAUAAAUGUUGAAUGCUUUUUGUGGUUCUGUUUACAUUACAUUUGCUAUAUUCACAAUUCACUAUAUUGCCACCAUCCCAUGUUUUGUGGAUAAAGAAGCUGGGAAAUUGUCUUUUGUUGUAUAAGUAUGUUUUUCUGCAGUUCUGUAGCAUAUACAGGAAGUUUCUGUGUUGUGCAAGCCUGACUCAGUACCUCCAUCACCACUACAUUUUCAGAGUGAAUUCUUGUAAAGACUGAUAGAGAUAUGUAAAAGUGUCUUAUAUAUUUUUGUCCUGAAGUACUUUUGCUCCUCUGAUUCUGGGUUUCUAAGCAGUAAAAUUUUACAAAUAACUGGUCCAAUAAAUUAAAACAUAAUUGGAAAGUCUGGCAUACUUAGAUUUGAAUAUGUUUUUUCCAAUUGAACCACAAAUUGUUCAUCAUUCUCGUGUGACUGGGGAGCAGUCUGGCAAAUCUUGAGAAGGCAGCAGAAAGUCAGGAAAAUCAUUUGCCAGCUAUUAUCAAUACCUGCUUGAAAUUAACUCCUUAUGUACAUUUAUAAAA